AUGGAGCCUCUCACUGAGACUCCACCCCGAUAUGCGUCCGACAUUGUAGAUCCCAACCCGCUGGCCCAGAGCCUCCAGUUCGUAUUCUCUGGGCGGACGGCACCCAACCGUUUCAUGAAGGCUGCUAUGACAGAGCAGCUGGCGAGUUGGCAUAAAGAAGACCGAGAGAAAAGAGGCAUUCCCACCAAGAACCUCAUCAGGGUGUAUGAACGAUGGGCGCGAGGAGGGAUUGGACUAAUUCUCACGGGGAAUUUUAUGAUUUUCCUGGAUCAUCUCGAAUCCGUAGGCGAUCCGAUCAUCCCGCCAGAAGCGCCCUUUCAUGGAAAACGAUUCGAAGCAUUCAAGGAGCUCGCAGCGGCUGGCAAAGCCCAUGGAUCCCUCAUGGUACCUCAGGUAUCGCACCCGGGCCGCUUGUGCAACAAUUACUUCCAGCAGUUCCCUGUCGCUGCGUCUGCAAUUCCAGUCGAUAUGACCGGUGAGAAGAAACCCUUGCACUUCAACCCGCCUCACGAGGCUUCUCAAUCAGAGAUCGACGCAAUAGUCGAUUCUUUCGCCCAUGCUGCCGAGUAUCUUGAGAAAGCCGGCUACGACGGCAUAGAAAUUCAUGGAGCGCACGGCUUCUUCUUGUCCGGGUUCAUCAGCUUGGCCACGAACGAACGCACCGAUCGGUAUGGUGGAAGCAUUGAGAAUCGGGUGCGCGUCAUUCUCGAGGUCCGCGAAGCGAUCCGCAAAAGGGUAUCUCUAUCUUUCAUUGUGGGCAUAAAGAUCAACAGCACCGAGUUUCAGGCCAGGGACUUCCCCAUUGAUGAUGCCCGCAAACUGUGCGCCGCGCUCGAAGAUGCCGAAUUCGACUUUGUGGAACUGAGUGGCGGUACGGCCGAGAACACAAUCACAGAACACAAAGGCGAGGAGAUCCGGGAAUCCACGAAGAGACGAGAAGCAUAUUUCCAAGAAUUUGCAGAGAAAAUCAUCCCUGGCCUGUCCAAAACGAAAGUCUAUAUCACAGGUGGACUGCGAACCGUCGGCGGCAUGGUCAGAGCCCUGGACGUGGUGGAUGGUGUGGGGCUCGGUCGACCACUUGUGCAGGAGUUUGAUCUAUGUAACAAGAUUCUGGAGAGGAACGUGACGGGUAGUAUUGUGCCCAAGAUUGGAGCGGGAGAGUUCUGGCUCGCCCUGAUGGCUGGCAACAGAAUCAUUCGAGAAGUCGGCCAGGGUAAAGAGCCGAUGAAACUGUGGAAGGACGAGGUGGUUGCGGAGUUGAGGCGAAACUACGACUUGUGGCUCAACAAUAAGAGUUCGGAUCGAGAGUAUAUUUCUUACUACGGAUUCCCGUCGACUGAAGCAAUGGAAAAAGGUCUGCAUCUUGCAUUGAGGCAUGCUCCAGCCCUGGGAAAUAGACCUGAAGGGAAUUUUGUGGCACUGCUAUAG